CUCUAUUUGACCUGGAGGCCACACAACAAUGAGGGAUUAUCAUUACGUCGGCAGUCAGGACUGCUGGAUAUAUCGAGAAAUUCGAAGGCUGAUGGCGGGCUGAGCUGAAUCGAAGCAUCACCAGCGCUUACAAGGCAGAUAAGUAUAAACAUCGGUCGAAACAAGGGACAUACGAGCAUUAUUCACCCCACAAUCGAUACCUACCCAACGUCACAUCUCGAAAUGUCAACCUCAGCUGAGCCCAAUUCCUCUGAAAACGGCGUUUCUCAAAUCAAAAAUCACCCUCAGUAUUUCAUUCCCACUGGGGACAUCGAAUUCUUAGCACAAAGCGUUCUAUUCAAAGUGCAUUCUCAUUUUUUCCAGCGCGAAUCAAAUUCGUUCAGGGAUAUAUUUUCCGAAGGCGGCGGCGACACUAAGCCUUAUACGUUAGACGUCAAGUCAGACGACUUUGCCCACUUCCUGUGGGUGUUCUAUGACGAAGACUACGAAUACGAAAACCAGCCGCUCGAGAGGUGGCUGAUUAUUCUAAGGCUCGCAACGCGGUGGGGCUUUCACAAGAUCAGAAAGCUGGUUGUGCGCCAGCUCGAGAAGAUUGAGCUAAAACCUAUCGACAAAAUCAAGAUCUAUUCCAAUUUCAAGAUUGACGCACAACUUCUGUUACCAUCAUACACGACUUUAGCCAUGAGCCCUUCGCUUCCUCCUCUUUCGGAGGCUAAAAAGCUUGACCUCGAAACCAUUCUCAAGCUGACGAUGGUAAGGGAGAGAGCGGUUCAAAAGGCGGCAGAGGAUGGAUGUCGUUCUCCAACAAGUGCGAGCGCUGGCAACGAAGAAGUCAAUAGGAUCAUAUGCGAGAUAUUCGAGCUCGCCAGCAUGAACGGCGCCACCGCAACUGAACCAUCGAUGACUGCUGGAGGUUCCUCAGAUGGUAAUAAUGGUACCACGGGGAACUCGGUUCCGACGUUACAGAACCCCGAUCCAGAGAAGAAGAACAAGAACAAGAAUGCUAACGCAAAUGGCGCCUCUAACGCGAAUGGCAAACAUACAAAUGGAAAGAAGUCUACGUCUACGUAGGCAUGCGCUCGCAGCGGGAAUGAUAGUACGAGAGUUUGUCAUGGAUAACGGGGAUAUUGAGGAAGGCGAGACGCGCGCGUGUACUCUGUAGAUUCAUUGGUCCGGUGUAUAUUGUGUACAGGCAGAAGACAUUAUGAUGAUACUCA